AUGGCGAAUUAAUUAUCUGAGGAAUAAUAAGCUGAGCUCAAGGAAGCAUUUUCUCUUUUUGAUAGAGAUGGAGAUGGAACAAUAACAAUUAAGGAGUUGCAAGUAGUCAUGCGUUCAAUAGGCUAGAAUCCGAAUGAGGAAGAGAUAAGAGAAAUGAUCAGAGAGGUGGACUCAGUAAACACUGAAGAGGUAGACUACAAUGGAUUUAUGGAAUUGAUGGCUAAGAAAAUGAAAGAAGGAGAAAUGAAUGAGGAACUGGUCGAGGCAUUCAAGACUUUCGACAAAAACAAUAAAGGAUACUAUAAUGUAGAAGAAUUAAAGGAAGUAAUGCUUCAAUACGGAGAGAAGCUUAAUGACGACGAGGUCAAGUUGAUGUUUGAUGAAACUGACAUUGAUCACGAUGGUAGAAUUACAUUUGAGGACUUCGUGCUAAUGAUGAUGGCUAAAUGA